GGAUAAAACAUCUGCAGCAUCUCACUACAGAUGUCCAGAGAUCUGAGCUUCCUUAAGAAGGAAAAUGUCCCUUUUUGUAGAGAACGACUGUUCAGGGACCAGUCCAACUUAUUAUCCAGAACAUGUCUCGCUUGCCUGUUAUUUCAAACAAGAGGGUCCUUACCAGCAGCAGCAGUUCAGAGAACAUCCAAGACUUGGGGCCUGCUCAGAAAAAGAUUCGUAAGGACCCCGAUCAUGGCAAACCUUAUGCAUCAGCUACAAUCAUCGGUAGCAGGCGGGCUCCUGCUGUUGCAGCAACCAGGGCACCAAUUUCUAGACCAGUCAGAGGUACAGGGGCUGCCACUGUGGCUGUUGGUCCUUCCAGAGGUGUUCUUAAAUCAUCAGUAGCUUCAACCACAGCCAGAGGAGGCAACAUGAAACCAACUGUUGCACCAACUGCGACAAAAACAGGUGGGGGCGGGACCAAGCGGCAACCAUGGGACCUGAAGGGUAAGGUCAGCGACAUGGAGGGUCGUAUCACUAACUAUCAGACCAAAAUCAAAUCCGCCAACCAGGAGAAUGGGGUCCUAAAAGAGACAAUGCUCCAGACCCAAGCAAGAGCGGCUCAAAUGGAAAAAAAUCUUGAGAGCCAGAGGAGCCUGAUCAGUGACUAUGAGGAUCAGUUGCAGGCACUGUCAGGUGUCCGGGAUAGGUUGGAGAAAGUCUCUAGUGAUAAGAGCACUCUUGAAAAGGAGCUCUCUAACUUGGAGGGGAAAUACAAGGUCCUGGAGACUCUCAGAGACAGCCAGGAGACAGAGCUACAAACUCUGAAGAUGAAGCUUUCAGUGCAGGAUUCAACUCUGGCCCGUCUGCAGUUGACUCUCAGAGACAUGGAGGAAGAGGUCCGCUCACUCAAAGAAACCGUGGUCAACCAAAAAGAUGAGAUUCAUGCCGGGGAAAUGGAGCGCAGACGGCUCCACAAUACCAUCCAAGAGCUCAAGGGCAAUAUCAGGGUCUUCUGCAGAGUGCGCCCACUUGUGGGCGGAGGUCUCAGCAAGCACAUUCAGCUUCCAACCAGUGACGUCAAGAUGAUAACACUGGCCAAAACAGAGGAGUCUCACACAGGCAAAACUGCUGACACUCAGAAGAACUACAACUUCAGCUUUGACCGAGUGUUUGGGCCUCAGGCUGCGCAACAGGAGGUCUUUGAAGAAAUCUCACUGCUGGUGCAGUCAGCAUUGGAUGGCUACAACGUCUGCUGCUUUGCCUAUGGACAGACAGGAAGUGGAAAGACAUACACCAUGGAGGGAGAUGAGUUUGAUGAAUCCAGAGGUGUCAUUCCCAGAGCUGUGAAGCAAAUCUUUAGAGCAGCAGAGAAACUGGGAGCACAAGGCUGGGAGUUUACCUUCACAGCAAGCUUCGUGGAAAUUUACAAUGAGACCCUGCGCGAUCUCCUCUACACCGGGAAGGCCAGCAAGAGGCCCGAACAUGAGAUCCGGAAGGGUACAAACAAUGAGAUGACGAUCACCAACCUCACCUAUGAAAAAGUCUUCAACGAAGAUCAGGUUCUUGGCCUCAUUGCGUUGGCCAAUCAGAAUCGCUCCACGGCCCAGACGGCCCAGAAUGACCGCUCCUCUCGCUCCCAUUCAGUUUUUCAGCUAGAUAUUGAGGGAGUGAAUGUUGGCAGGGAUGUCAAAUGCAAGUCCACUCUGUGCCUGGUGGACUUAGCUGGCAGUGAGCGAAUGCUGAAAAGUCAGUCACAAGGCGAACGCUUCAAGGAGAUGACCGCUAUCAACGGCUCCCUGUCAAACCUGGGAAUUGUUAUCACUGCUCUGGCAAACAAGGAGAGUUAUGUUCCGUUCAGGAACUCCAAGUUGACCUACCUUCUGCAGGGCUGUUUGGGGGGUAACAGCAAAACCCUGAUGUUUGUGAACAUCGCCCCAGAGUCAGACAGCUUUGGGGAAACCCUCAACUCCCUGAGGUUUGCCAGCAAGGUGAAUGACUGUGUGAUUGGCACAGCCAGUGCCAACAGAAAGUAGAGUGUUCUUACGAUUUUUAGACUUAUGGUCACAACAUUAAAUGCUCAGUGUAAUUGUUUUCCAUGUCUUUGGACUUAGCCAAUCACAAAAGCUUUAAAUGUUUUUUUUAUUAAUCUGUGUAAAUCAAGUGGAUGUGUACAUAUGCAUAUUUCUAGCUGGAGUUUCAGAUUUUCUUUUUUUAAAUGCAUAAACAGCUCAAGGGUUUUUGACUGAUGUGGUAAUUAUCUCAUUGAGAUGUAUCCUCCAAUGGACAUGUCAUUUUUUUAAUAAAAGAACCCUUAUUAUUCAAUAAUUGCAUGUAAAUGUAGUGUACUUCAAAGGGCCCAUAUUACUCAAGGUUUCCCUACUGUAAACAUGGUGUGUUUUGUAUAACUUACACAAUUAUUGCAAAUAAAUUUUGUGUGUCAGUGUACUUGUAUUGUAGAACGUAUAUUCUUUUCUUUUUAAAUAUGGUGUGUUGUCUUUUACUUGCGCUAUAAUUUUAAAUAAAUGUGUACUAAAACUGA